CCUCACCAGUCAGCCUUCUUCAGACUGUCCACUUUGGCUCCUUGUCGCAAGGUGAACAUGAUGAGUCACAUCUGGAGACGAGAAGAAACCAGAGAGAAGGUGGGAGAGAAAAGUGGGAUUGUUGGUGAGGGUGAGUCUCAGUCCUCAGAGGUUUUACAACAUGGACCAUGGGCACCAGGAGUAGGACUGUAAAAGCCCACCACACUCCGCUCUGAUGUUGCUGGAAGAGAACAUGAAAUAUGCCUCUUCUGAGAAAAAUUAACAGGGUCCUCCUGGUUCUGCUGGUGCUGAUGGUGUGUCUCCUCCUCCACAGUGCACUCAGAGUCUCCACUCAGCCCAAAGCGUCAGAUCAGUGGAGGGGCCUCAGUCAUGGAGCUGGGCUUCCUGGGGCGAAAACGCCACAAGAGGAAAAUGUUAUCCCUGUGGUCAUCUGUGCAUCAGAGGAGCGUUUGGGUGCAACCAUGGCAACCAUCAACAGCGUCUAUAGCAACACAGACGCCAGCGUGUUGUUCUACCUUGUUACUCUGCGUGACGCUGUCAAACUGACCAGGCAGUACAUAGAAAGGACCAAACUGAAAGGUAUCAGGUAUAAGAUACUGGAGUUCAAUCCCAUGAUUUUACGAGGGAAGGUGAAGCCAGAUUCUUCUCGUCCUGAUCUGUUGCACCCACUGAACUUUGUGCGCUUUUAUUUACCUAUGCUUGAAAUCAACCAUAAGAGGGUGAUCUACUUAGAUGAUGAUGUGAUUGUGCAGGGUGAUAUUAAGGAUCUGUUCAAUAUUAAGAUGAAACCAGGUCAUGCUGCAGCUUUUGCCACUGACUGCGAUUUACCGUCCACACAUGAGGUGGUGCGCAGCAUUGGGAUGCAGACAACCUACAUGGGUUUCCUGGAUUACAGAAAACAAGAAGUUAAAGACCUGGGCAUCAACCCAAGUGACUGCUCAUUCAACCCCGGGGUGUUUGUGGCUGAUAUUAGGGAAUGGAAAAAACAGAAGAUCACCAAACAGCUGGAAAAAUGGAUGGAGGAGAAUUUUAGGAUCAACAUAUACAGCAGUGCCAUGGCCGGAGGUGUCGCAACUCCACCCAUGCUCAUAGUGUUUCAUGACAAAUUCACAACACUGGAUCCCAUGUGGCACGUCAGACACCUGGGCUGGAGCCCUGAUGCCCAUUAUUCAGACAAUAUCCUACAGAAGGCACGGCUGCUGCACUGGAACGGCCCCUUCAAACCGUGGAGUUACCCCGCCGUUCAUUUAGAUCUGUGGGAGAAGUGGUUUGUCCCAGACCCGUCUGCAAAGUUCACCUUACUACGACCUGAUGGCGACGGCUGAGGGCUUGUACUCCGUCUGAUCCAGAGCAGUGCACGAGGACGAUGAACUGUGGUCACUGGUGUAAAGAUGUAGACAGACCAGCACAUGGAUGUGCUACAUAAAAAAAUGUGACUUAUUGUUGUGUUUUAGUGACAAAUGUGAACAUAUUAAAACAUUACACUGAGGAAUAAAUUCCAUUUGAAAAGUAAAAGUAACGACAAGACUUCUUUGGAGAUAAGACAGUAUUAUUUAUACAUCUAUAAAUCAUUAAUUUUACCUCAAAGGACUUCACAAUCUGUACUAAACAUUAAAAACUGAAUGUGUUUCAUGUUUUCUAAAAUACAUAUUUAAAAGCCUAUUUUUGUAAGGUUCCUGAUUUUAACUGAAUAUGGUAGAGAGAUUUUUAUGUUGACAAGGGAAACAACCUCAGGCUAUUUCUGAUUUUGGCAACCUCAGUUAUGUUGCCCAUAAUGUUGGAAUAAAAUAUUUGUACCUCUUCUCAUGAAAUAAUUGUGACAAUGCGAUUAUGUGAUUUAUUCUUGAUAGAUAAAGUGUAACUGGGACUCAGUAUGUAA